ACUUGUCCCUUUCAUACCUUUGAUAUUAUAAGUUAUAUGAUGAUCUCCCUAUAAAUACGGUACAGCCGAAACUGACUUGCUGAGAGUUGGUGAGAUUUCUGUACCAGCCGUGUCCUCUGCAGACUCUAAGCUCGAAAUACAAAACAAGCUGGACAGUGGAUAUUCGUGAAAAGCGUGAGUAAAUAGGAGAAAGCUUUGCCGACACCAUGAGUAUCGCCGACCCAGUCACUAUACUGUCUAUUAUCCUAUGUAUUUUGGUGGCAAUACUUUACUACGGACGCAAAAGAAACAUUUAUCACAAUUUCCCUCCUGGUCCCACGCCAUUACCUAUCAUCGGAAACAUCCACAUUAUGAACAUGAAGAAACCUUAUGAAACACUUCACCAGCUUUCUGAGAAGUACGGCUCAGUGUACAGUGUUCAAUUGGGAGAGGAGAAAAUGGUCAUCCUGACCGGAUAUGAGACGGUGAAAGAUGCUCUUGUAAACCACGCAGAUGAGUUUUCUGCAAGACCAAAAGUGCAACUUUUUGAUGAGUUAUUUGGAGGACAUGGAGUUAUAUUUGCUAAUAAUGAAAGCUGGAAGGUGAUGAGACGAUUCACUCUUUCAACUCUACGUGAUUUCGGGAUGGGGAAGGAAACAAUUGAAAACCGGAUUAGUGAAGAAAGCGAUUGUUUAGUGGAAAAGAUAAAAUCCUACAAAGGCAAACCAUUUGAAAAUACCAUGAUUAUAAAUGCUGCUGUAGCCAAUAUAAUUGUUUCCAUAUUACUGAACCAUCGGUUUGAUUACGAAGAUCCAACACUCUUGAAGCUUAUGAAUAUAAUCAAUGAAAAUACCAAAUUAGCUGGUAGCCCGAUGGCCCAGCUGUACAACACAUUCCCCUCUGUGAUGAGCUGGUUUCCUGGAGUUCAGAAAACACUGGCUAAAAAUCAAGAUGAAUUGCGCAAAUUUGUUAAAGAGACUUUCACCGCCCAGAAGAAACAAUUGGAUGUUAAUGACCAGAGGAAUCUUAUUGACAGAUUCCUGGUGAAACAACAGGAGGAAAAACCAAGUCCUGAAUUAUUUUUCACCAAUAAAAAUCUAAUAGGGCUUGUGAACGACCUCUUUGGUGCUGGUGUGGAGACGACCUCGACCACUCUGAGAUGGGGUCUUCUGUUGAUGAUGAAAUACCCCGAAAUCCAAAGAAAAGUCCAAAAUGAGAUUGAUAAAGUUAUUGGUACAUCAGCGCCUCAGGCCGCUCACCGUAAGGAAAUGCCCUAUACUGACGCUGUUAUACACGAGAUUCAAAGAUAUGGAAAUAUAGUUCCUACUAAUCUCCCACAUGCUACUACUCAGGAUGUCACAUUCCGAGGGUAUUUUAUCCCAAAGGGGACACAGGUAAUCCCACUGCUGACAUCAGUGCUGUAUGACAAGGAUUACUUUAAAAAACCAAAAGAGUUUUACCCGGAACAUUUUCUGGAUGCUGGUGGCAAUUUUGUGAAGAAUGAAGCGUUCAUGCCGUUCUCAGCUGGUAAGAGAAGUUGUGCUGGUGAAAACUUGGCCAAAAUGGAGCUCUUCAUGUUCUUUGUGAAGCUGCUGCAGAACUUCACCAUCCAGGCUCCUCCGGGGGCCAGCCUGGACCUGACCCCUGCAGUUUCUUUUACAUGUUGUCCUAUGAGCUAUAUGAUGUGUGCUGUGCCUCGUACAUAAAAUCUGAUUGCAACAUGCACUAAAAAUAAAGGUUUUACAGUAUUUUUUUUUCCUAGUUGGGUUUAUAAAGACAUAAUAAAGAAUAUACCUUAUUUUGAAA